AUGCAAGAUAUCCAACUUAAGGCAAUCUUUACUGAUCAAGACCCAAGAAUAAUGAAAGCAAUUAGACAAGUAUUUCCAUUGACUGUCCAUCGGCUCUGCAGAUGGCACUUAGAGAAACACAAGGGCAACCACAUGAGACCAUUGUACAGGAAAUUUCUUGACUUAAGGGCAGUUUAUAGGAGUUGUAUUAAUGAUUCUAAUACAUCCAUUAAAUUUGAGGGGAGUUGGACCAACAUGUUACAUAGAUUUAAUUUACAAGACCACAAGUGGCUUAAGAAGCAAUUCAGGAUGCGUCAACAUUGGGUGCCGUGUUAUUAUCGUUAUACCUUUUUUGCUGGUAUGAGUACGACUCAGAGAGGAAAGUCAAUGAAUAAAUAUUUUAAGGGCUUCUUCACAUCAUCAAUGCCUCUAAAUGAGUUUGUGACUCAAUAUGAAGAAGUUGUCAAAAAAAGAAGAGAAAAUGAAGACAAAGUAGAUGUUGGCUGCAUCACCUCAUCCCCUCCUUGUGCUACAGCUCACAAGAUUGAGCAUCAAGCUGUUGAUGUUUAUAUGGAAAAAGUGUUUAAGGUUUUUUUUGAAGAAUGGUAUGCAUGUUUUGGUCUUGAGGUCAAUCGAUGCGAUGAAAAAAUUAUUGAGAAGAGGUACAAGGUCUUUAAAAGGAUUGGUGAUGGAGAUAUUGAUGUGCAGUAUGUAUUGGACAAUCAGUAG